AUGGCGGCCGCAAUUCAAACCGUCUCCGAGAGCAAGGAGCUCCGGGGGCUCAACCUGAUCGCGGCACAUUCACACAUUCGAGGGAUUGGGGUUGAUCCGGAUUCCCUUGAACCGCGGACUGCUUCCCAGGGCUUGGUUGGGCAGGAAAAGGCGCGCAAGGCUGCCGCAAUCAUAUUACAAAUGGUCAAAGAGGGGAAGAUUGCUGGGCGGGCAGUGUUAAUUGCUGGCCCUCCGAGCACUGGGAAGACGGCGAUUGCGAUGGGUAUGGCGCAAUCACUAGGAUCUGAUGUGCCGUUUACAAUGCUGGCGUCAUCCGAAAUCUUUUCGCUAGAAAUGUCAAAGACGGAGGCUCUCGAACAAGCCUUUCGGAAGUCGAUCGGCGUACGGAUCAAGGAGGAGAGUGAGAUGAUCGAGGGCGAGGUGGUCGAGAUACAAACCGACAGAAGCGUCACCGGUGGUACGAAACAAGGCAAGCUUACGAUUAAGACAACAGAUAUGGAAUCAGUAUACGAUAUGGGAAGCAAGAUGAUCGAUGCGAUGACGAAGGAGCGUGUUAUGGCGGGCGAUAUUAUCUCAAUCGACAAAUCAUCGGGAAAGAUCACUAAGCUUGGAAGGUCAUAUGCUAAAUCGCGGGAUUACGACGCCAUGGGAGUAGACACCAAAUUCCUACAAUGUCCAGAUGGCGAUUUGCAAAAGCGCAAGGAGGUCGUGCAUACCGUUAGCCUUCACGAAAUUGACGUCAUCAACUCAAGGACACAAGGCUUCCUAGCUCUAUUCUCCGGGGAUACGGGAGAGAUUAGGAGCGAGGUCCGAGAUCAAAUAAACACCAAAGUCGCUGAAUGGAAAGAGGAAGGCAAAGCCGAGAUAGUUCCUGGUGUGCUUUUCAUUGAUGAAAUACACAUGUUGGAUAUCGAAUGCUUCUCAUACAUUAACCGCGCCCUGGAGGACGAAUUAGCCCCAAUUGUCAUCAUGGCCAGUAAUAGGGGCAACUCCAGAAUCCGAGGGACCAACUACCGAAGCCCCCACGGCCUACCACUGGACUUCCUUGAUCGAGUGUUAAUUGUUAGCACGCAUGCCUAUUCCAAGGAAGAAAUCCAACAAAUCCUCUCCAUCCGUGCCCAAGAAGAAGAGGUUGACAUCACGCCAGAUGCGUUGGCAUUAUUGACCAAGAUCGGCCUAGAGACUGGUCUCCGUUAUGCAGGAAAUCUGAUCACCACCUCACAACUCAUUAGCGCCAAGAGAAGAGCGAAGCAGGUCUCUGUAGAAGACAUUCAGAGGAGCUUCCAGCUGUUCUAUGAUUCAGCCAGGAGCGUAAAAUUCGUCUCUGAAUUCGAGAAGAGACUGAUUGGUGAUGCUGGCGACGUUAAUUUGUCUGUUACAACUGGUCAUGGGGAUGCUAUGGAACUUUAA